UCGUACCGCAUACCCCCGCCGUAUCUAGUCCAUGAUUGAUGCCGCCUUUUUAUGUACCGAGGGGGGAACGCAAAUCCACUAACUAGCAUUUUGUAACAGCAAGACUUUCCUAGCCCGCCUCUGCGAGCAGGCCGAGCGUUAUGAUGAGAUGGUCACCUAUAUGAAGGAGGUUGCUAAGCUUGGUGGAGAGCUCUCUGUUGACGAGCGCAACCUUCUGUCUGUUGCCUACAAGAACGUGGUCGGUACCCGACGUGCCUCUUGGAGAAUCAUCUCGUCGAUCGAGCAGAAGGAAGAGUCCAAGGGCUCUGACAAGCACGUCUCUACUAUUCGCGACUACCGAAACAAGAUCGAGACCGAGCUCGAGAAGGUCUGCCAAGAUGUUUUGGACGUCCUAGAUGAGAGCUUGAUCCCCAACGCUGCCACCGGCGAGUCCAAGGUCUUUUAUCACAAGAUGAAGGGUGAUUAUCACCGCUACUUGGCCGAGUUCGCGUCUGGCGAGAAGCGAAAGGUCGCCGCCACUGCCGCCCACGAGGCCUACAAGAGCGCCACCGAUGUCGCACAGACUGAGCUCACCCCGACGCAUCCUAUCCGUCUCGGUCUUGCCCUCAAUUUCUCCGUAUUCUACUAUGAGAUCCUCAACUCGCCUGACCGAGCUUGCCAUCUCGCUAAGCAGGCCUUCGACGAUGCCAUCGCUGAGCUUGAUUCGUUGUCUGAGGAAUCUUACCGCGAUAGCACUCUCAUCAUGCAGCUGCUCCGUGACAACCUAACCCUAUGGACCUCAUCAGAGAGCGCCGAGGGCGAGGGUGCCGCCGCCACAGAGGCUGCUAAGGAGGACAAGCCCGCUGAGGAAGCUGAGAAGCCUAAGGAGGACGCCCCCGCCCCCACCGAGUCUUAGACUACCUUUCAUGGAUAACCUCCUUGCCUCAACUGAACAUGCAUAUUCUGUAAUACUUCCUGAAGGGCCAGGGUUCUGUUGAUACCCAUACUGGCAAAGAUUUGUAGCAUCGGUUGGGAAGGAUGUUAGGUGUCUGUUUUGGACGCGGGAGUGAAAUUUGAACAGAGUGUCGGCUUUCACUCGAGGAUACGUCGGUAAAAGGCUGCUUUUAAAGUAGGCCCUCUACUUGGCAAUGCGAUAACAUUUUCCACAACUAUGGCUGUAUUUCAACUACCUCUACCUGUAUAGGGGCGGCGAGGGCUCGUUGGUGGUCGUGUGGACGGUUUCAUACACGUUUCCCCUGUUUGUUUUUUGUGGUUUUUUGAGAUGAGAUAUCUCACG